CCAAUGUCGAAAACUUAAUGCUAUUUAUUUUGGGGAUUUAUUUACCGCUACACUUAGUUUAGCCAUAGCCUAAAUCAAUCAGUAAAUGACAGAAUUAGACACGCGGUAUUAAAACUAUUAUGAUAAUUAAUUAUUAUACGUUUGUUUUGCUUGAGUUUCUACGACGACGCAUUCUAAAGGUCGUUUUUACAUCCUAUAUGAAGUUCAUACCAACAUUCAGUCUAAAUCAUAACUCUCUCAGCUACCAAACUAUGCACUUGCACAGCUGCAAAAACCGAUAAUUAACGGGAAAUUAGUGUGGGAAUCAUGGAUGUAGUAACAAAGAUGUCUGUAAUAAAUUGUAGAUUUCUCACCAUGCAUCCCUUCACAUGUUUCUGUCUUCUUUUAGAUCCGUCAUUAUGUCAUACGUGGAGGCACUAUUGUAGCAUAUACGAAUACAAGCAAACAAACUGGAAAGUAUUAAAAUAUAUUAUAUUUGAAGAUGCGGGCAUUUCAACAGCAGGGUCAGUCACAUGCAGGAAAACAUAUCUGUCCAUUUUACCUAAAGAAUCGUUGCAUAUAUGGCGAUCGAUGCAUUAAUUCACACUGUUUACCAGAAAACAAGUCGUUCCAGACUUCAAACCAAUUCAUCUCAUACCUAUCGCAGAGAUUUGAAGGAAGCCAUUGACUCAAAAUAUUCAAACAGUCAGUCAAAUAAUCUCACCAGAUGCCUAACUAACAUUGAUACUAAUAUUGUCAGUAAAACCAAUAAUAAACCAAUAUCACCUGGUUUAACAGGUUUUUCAUUCCGUCAGACUGAAAAAGUAAUCAAAAUGCAGUCAUCUCAAUAUCGUGAAUGGGGAUAUGAAGCUUCGGAAAUUUAUAGCUCCUAUGACCAGCUGAGUGAAAAAGAGCUAUCUAUAUAUCGUUCAGCUGGGAAUUUUGUUCCUGGUACAAUUCCUUUAUCUUCACCGUCAGAAAAUCUAUGUACAUUUUCUUAAAAAUGAACUGUUUUAUUCUUGUAUCAUAUGUCUAAAAUAAUUCUGUACCAAUUCAUCUACUUCUUGAUUCUAAACUAUGGCCCAAGAUUUUCGUGUACCAGGGCUUUCACAUAAUCUACACAUCCAUAACGUAUUUUCGAAAUCCGACCUAAAUAAGGAUAAGCUAUGAUUUGAUAACAAAUGAUCGAAUAUGGCCUAUUCCAACAAGUGUAGACUACCUGACGAGUCCGCAUGAUUGUCGUAGCCAGUAUUUAGAGACUUUAAAUGAGAUGACUCAAAAUCGUUUGUAAUGGCACAGGUUCAUCCAUUCUUUGUUUUGCUCUAUAUUCUGAGCUUAUAAAUUUCACAUAACCUUUUUAUAUUUUCAUUUCACUAAUGUAUAUUUCCUUGAAUCGUAUCUUCGAUGCCUAAUCUUUUUUAUUACCGUUAAUACUACAGCUAUCUCUACUGUUCUAGGAUUUGUCCUGACAGUUUCAUUUCUCUGUCCUAAUGGAGUAUGGUAGCUUGAACUGAUGUGCAUACAUGACAGGUUUUACGUUGGGACUGACUUGCUAAUUCAGACAGAUCAACAUGAACAAAAAAUUUAGCAUAAAUUCAUGCUGGUCGGUAUUGCUGACUUUGAUUUCUAACCAUAUGCAAGCUUUUAUAUUAAUGUUUGUGCCGACAGUGACAGGGGAAAUACUUUCUAGCGUCCUUCCACAUGGUUCGUAAUUACUUACUCCUGUUACCUCUCAUGGAAGAGCAUAGGCCGCCCACCAGCACUCUCCAUCCAACCUUGUCCUCGGCAAUCCUUUCCAGUUGCUAUUCAUUUUUUUGAUGUCUGCUUCCAAUUCCCGACGUAGUGUGUUCUUCGGCCUCUUUCUUUUUCGUUUUGCUUCAGGACUCCAAGUUAGGGCUUGUCUCGUGAUGCAGUUUGGUGAUUUCCGUAAUGUAUGUCCUAUCCACUUCCAACGUUUUUCUCUAAUUUUCUCUUCAUCUGAAAGCUGGUUUUUCCUCUCCCACAGUAGGCUGUUGCUGAUGGUAUCCGGUCAACCGAUAUUGAGUAUCUUGCGUAGACAACUGCUUACAAAUAAUUAUACCUUUUUGAUGAUGGUUGUAGUAGUUCUCCGCCUGUAGCUCUUCUAGAGUUACUGCCGGUCUCAAGCCCGGGUAAAGGAGGAGGGCUGGGCAUCGGGUCGGCAACCCCAUCCCAAAGAAGAAAAUCUUGCUGAAAAACGCCACACAAAUUACACAAACUAAACCAUUUAAACUCUGCCUUGAGAGUUGCAGGAAGAAUUAUGACGCCCCACGAUGAAAGAUGAGAUUCUUCUGAAGUCAUGAGGUCGAUGCCUCUUCUAACAACCAGAGCAACAAUUUUUAUAGGUAAAUGGUUCCUAAAUAGUUUAGUCUAUUUGUAGUGUCGCUUCACAGCAUGGAAGAUCUGUGAGAAUAGCAGUAAAAGUCUUACAGCAAGUUUAAAUGACUAAUAGACAAACAAGUACAUCACUCUAAAGCCUCACAGAAAGUUGCACCGGUCCAAGUUGCUAUAUCUCGGAAUGACAUAACAAAAGGAAAGGUAUAUGAUGAGAUUGUAGCAAAAUAACCUGCCAUUUGAGCACAAUAUAGGAUUUCAAUUCGUAUUGCGUGAAAACUUCACUAAGUAUUUUAAACAUAUUUAUUUAGUCUUUUACAAUUAACCACAUCCAAUAUAUGCUGAUCUUUAACACGAUAGUUUUGAGUCACUGAUAUUCUGUAUCUAAACUAAUUGAUCUUCAAACCAGUAUUAUUUACAUAUGAAAUAACUUUUACCUGGUCGAUUUUAUGUCGUAUAAGUGAUUUAUUCAUGAAAUAGUGAAAAAUAAUACGGUAUUCGUUCAUCGUAAUUUUGCAGUCACUUCAUGUUUCUACGUUUAGUUGAUAAGUAUGUAUUAUAAUUCAUUUAUUUCCAC